GUCAGCGCCGUCAGUUUUUCAGUCAGUCAAAAAAUCUCACCCAAAAAAAAGUGAAGCUCGCGAGGAGUCGCUGCAAAUUUCACGGCGCAGCACGAAAAAAUGGACCAUUUCGUUGCAAGGAAUCGGUGCUAAACGCAGAAAGAAAGUGCUCGAAGUUCGCGAAAGUUAGUGUCCGCGCGCGCGGUGUAAUUCGUUUCGUGUCCGGAAAGCCGGAAGUUUCUAGUUCCCUCGCCGUCGCGGAGGGACCGCUCACUACCAUCCCGCUUUCCCCUCGCAGGAAAAGGAAUCCGCUUGCGAUGGCCAUGUCCAGCUGGAUGAUCCGGCACCGGAGCCAACGGCAGAGGAGUCGCCCCCCACCGGAGGACUGCUACCGGAUGGACCCGUCGAAGUCAACGCGCGAGAACGGCCAGGACAUCUUCACGGCGCUCGCGUUGCGCACCACAAACGAAAACAAACGGCUCAGCCUGCUGAACGGGCUGGUCAAGCUGAUCGAGCGCUGGAAGCGGGAGAAUGCCGUCGGAAGUUGUGGGGCGUUGCUGGUCGGAAGUCCCCAGCGGAAGUUGGUGCAGCAGCGGGAGGUUGGGCUGGGUUAUGGCAUUGGGGAGUGGUUGUUCUGCGUGAGCGCCUCGUUGGUGCACCAGUUUACGCAGAUUCGGGCGGGGGCGUUGAGGGCGGUGCGACACCUGCUGAUGGCCCCGGGAGAUGUGAGGGCGUUCAACGAGCUGCAGUUGGGACACUUGGUGUGCAGGAGUUUGGACGUGCUGUUGAAGAAUGAGGAGGAGCGGGUUCAGGCGCUGAAGUUGAUCCGGAAGCAGUUGGUGAUUGCGCCGGAGCUGGUGAGCUCGGUGAUGGUGAGGUGUCUGGUGUCGUUGGGUGAGAGCGGGGCGGAAGACCGUGCGGUGCGGGUGGACCGAGAGGAUCGGAUGUUGAGGGCUUGCCUGGCGACGCUUUGUGAGUUUGGGGUGUUGAACCCGAAGCUGUUGAUCGUUUGUGGAGGGGUUAGCGUGAUAACGCGGAACGUGCUGGAGUGUCACAGUCCGAGGAUAGCGGAGAGCUUGUGCGGGGUGUUGCUGCACAUGCUGGAGUGGCCAAAGACACGGGAGAUUGCUGGAGUGCGGUUGGACUGCUUGGCGGCACCGUACUGCGACUUUACGUAUCGGUUGGGCAUCAUGGACAAGAACAAAGACGCACGGGAUUUGCGGUUUACGUGCAGUCGGUUGGCGUUGCUAUCGGUGCUGAGGAGUUGGGCGGGGACGUUGGAGUUCUGCAACCCGGCGAAACCUUCCGGGCUGAAGGCCAUCAUCGAUAUUUUGUACCUAAACCAGCUCGAAGUGCGCAAAGCUGUGCUGGAUCUGCUGUACGAAUUACUCGGCCUGCCGCAACCCGUCUGGACCGACGAAUACUCUGUAGCACUGUCUGUUGUAGACCCAGCCGAGUACCAGGACUCGUGGCGACUCAACGAAGGCUUCGUAGCCGCAGAAGGUACCGCCGUACUCCCAUCCCUUGCUAGUCGCGUGCCAAAUGUCUCCGACAUUCACCUGGCCCUGCUCCUGUACUGCUUCAUCGAAAACGGCCUGCUGAACGCCCUCGUUGAAGUCAUCAUCUCCAGCGAUACAUUCAUCUCGGUGCGCGCAACAAUCCUCCUCGCAAAAGUACUCCAGCAAAUGCACCUGCUCCUCCCAGCGGAGAUCUGCAGUGCAACCCCCUCGUCAACUCUUCCAACGCUCAUCUCAAAGGCAACCGAAGGCAAUCACCAGGCCAAAACGGCCAUCGCUGCGCUCCAGCAGUUCCACCAAAUGCUCCAAAACCGACCCGCUUCCUGCUCGCUCUUCCUCGAUUGCAUCAUCCAGUCCGGUGAACUCAUCAACACCCGGAUGUUCAAGCGCGAACUCAGCUCCCAAGAAGCGGUCCCCCUCCCGGCAACCAAAUACGCCACCCUGGACAGUAGCUCCAGCUUCGGCAUGAAGCGAACCCGGCACGACUCGGUCGGAUCAACCGGAAGUUCCAGCGGUGGCGGGGGUGGCGGCGUAACCGGCCGUCUCAGCAGUCUUUUCGCCGGAAGUCUCCAGAACGGCACCUCGCUCGACGACAGCGUCCUAACGACCAAAUCGGGAAGCUCCACCUCGGCCAGCAAACGGGCCAGCUUGAAGCGGGCCCGCUUUCUGCAUUUUUUCGACAACCUCAAGGAAAACGAACGACUCAUCAAGGACUCGAACGUGCUGGCGAACAAGGACGCCAACAUGUGGGACUGGGACAUUGUGAUUACGAUCUUCCGGUCGGACAGCCUGGGCAGCAAGCUGGACGACCAGAACACGCGCUUCAUCAAGCGCAUCAUCGAGUACUUUAAGCCGAGCAAUAACCGCUUCUCGCACCAGGAUCUGAGCGGGAACUCGCGCCAGCUGCCGGCGUACGUGACGGCGGCGUUGGAGUUGAUCGACUGGCUGCAGCAGAGUCAGGAGUUGGAGUGCAUCCGGAUCUUGACGGACCUGUUUACGGACAUCAGCCGGCAGUUGAUGGCGAUUCACGCGAAAAAGUCCGCGCACGAGUGUCUGUUCAGUCCGCAGCACAUGAGCAGUACGAUGUGUCAGCAGUACUUUCUGUUUAUCGGGCGGAUGUGCCGAACGGAGAAGGGUCUCGGCGUGCUGACCAAUACGGAUGUGUUUAAAGAACUCAACACCAUCGUCACCAAAACGAACCACAUCUGCUACGUGAAGCUGAUCGUGUCCGGGCUGGACUACUCGCUGGAGGGCGAACCCCGGAACGUGCUGAUGCGAGCGCUGCUCAAGCAUCCCUCUGCCAAGGCCCGCCUGUACGCGACGCAGUUCAUGCGGGUGCUGCUGCGGGCACGACUGCCGAACUUUGAGGUGUGGGGCAUGCCGUUGCUGCUGAAGCUGGCGAACGAGUGCCAGGCGCGGUGCGUCCAGUUGGCCGCGCUGGAGAUCCUGGAGGAGGCUUGCUACGAACGGAUCUACCUUGAAGAGUUGGUGAAUGUUUGGCCGAACCUGCAGCGGAUCAGCGAUCACGGGAAGUUGGUGAUGAUGAAGUUUUACUCGAUUCCGCGCGGGUUGAACCAUACGGCGGCGAAGAUUCGGGAGGAGAUCGAGCUGUGGGUGCGGACUUACAACCGGAAGUAUGUGCUGCUGGUUGAGGCGGACAUUCAUGCGCACUUGACGCAGCACACGAAGACGGAGGACGGGACUUAUAGUAGGAGGCACUGCGCGCAGAGGACGGGAAUUGCGGCGCCGAAUGUGUUGCCCCAUUUGUACGGCCAGUUGGUCCAGACGAAUCAGGGCAUGUCGAAUCUACAGGUUCACGGUGGAAUCUUGGAGUUGGUGGAGACGCUGCUGCAGGCCAAGUGCUCGAAUGAUCGGGAAGUGUUGGAGUUGAAGGCGGCCAUGUGGGCGCUUGGACAUUGUAGUACGAGUAAGGACGGCGUGAGUUAUCUGUACGAGUUGCCGUCGGCUAGGGUCUACGAGCGGUUCAUACAGUUGGCCAAGUACGCUGAAGUCUACUCGAUACGAUCAACGGCAUUGAACUGCUUGUGCUUGGUGGCCACAACCCAAAUGGGCGCGGAUAUUCUUGCCAAGUUGAACUGGAUUUCGGUACGCCACGACCGGAACACGUUUUGGCCGGUUUACGAACCUGAAGAGUGGUUUCCGAAGCAGUUCAACACCCCAGUUCGGCACAACUACGAGUUGCCUCCGUACAACUACACGGCUCUUCUCGGAGAAGGCAACGGUGGCAACAGUCUCCUCGAAGGCGACAGCGAAGAUCAGCAACUGGUCGUGUCCCGUCUCGAGAGCACCUCCGUCGGGGAAGAUCAAAGCGACUGCGCUGCCCCCAACAUCACCUCCCGAUCACGAACCCUACCAGAGAGUGUCCUCGCUGCAUCCCGCAACCUCCCACCACCGCCCGCAGUGUCCUUCUCCAAACACAAACGCUCCCUGUCCGAGUCGAAAACCACGGACGGAAUCAGUCUCAUGGCCACCGUCGUUGCUCCCACAAACAUAACCUCAACCUCGCUACAUCACCGCGCACUACAUGGCAACACGGACUCCAACACGUCCGGCGUCAGCAGCUACGAGUCGAUCUUCGGCAUGACGCUUCCACCCGACAUGAUGCAGCAGCCAACUCUCCCGAUCCCAAGCAGCUCCAACCUGAUCGACCUGAAGAAGCUCUCCUCGGAGGAAAAGUACCGCCGCAUCUCGCUCACCGGUCUGCCACUGCGCGAGACCAACGUCAUCUCCGCCCAGGAUCUGCACGGCUAUCACACGCUGCGGAUCCUGCGGAGACGUUGCCGGCCCAUGCUGUCGGAGUCGGCCGCGGACGAGCUGGCGGAAAUGAUGGACGAUGCGAUGGCCAGCGUGACGUCGUCGUCUUCCACGUCGACCAUUUCGCGGUUCCGGCUGAGGGCGUCCAAGUCCAUCACGGAGCAGAACCGAAAGCUGAAGGUGCGGAGUUUGGACCGGAAUUGCAGCUUCAAUGCGAUGAUGGGCUAUGACGACUUCCGGCAAAGUCUUCGGUUGAAACACCAGCGACUUCAGCUGCAGGCCGACAUCCGGGGGCCUUGUUACGCAGGCAUUUGCCUGGCGCAACAUUCUGGACCUGUUCCCAAGGAAGAACCCACCGGAACGUACGUCUCGAACUACACCUCCAACGAACUGGACGCAAAUGUCGCCUCCGGUUACGCCGAGUCCGGCACGUCGUUGUCGAUUCCGAUCGUGGACCGCGAAUCCGCCGACUCGAUCAAACUGCUCCGGGUCAGUUCGGUGGACAGCAGCCACGGAGCGGGGCACGUGCGGGAAGACUGUUUGCAGUGUUGUCGGCGCAAGUGCGGCGAACCCUUGACGGCGACCUGUAGCAGCAGCCGGAGUGAGUGCUUCAACUCGUCGGAGAGUUCGUUCAGCGACGAGUCGGACCGGAUUAGGGCGAGCAUUCUGCGGCACGUCCAGCGGAUGGCGAACCCGGUGUGGAGCAAGCAGAGCCGGACCCAGCUACUGGAUCUGAAGCAGAAACACGCGAGCGCCUUCCAGAGACAUUUCGUAUUCGAGGUAUGUCUGCAGCUCGGCCGGAACACGUACCGGUUGGUCAGGAGGUUCCUGCAGGAGCUGUUUCUCGAUUUGGACUAAAGUUUCUACCGCGAACGGGGAGAUUUCUGCGUCCGCAAGACUGGAACGAAGACCGUCGGAUGACGAAAGUGGCCCCUCUUCGGUAGUGUCCCCGAAGGCCCGAAGAAGACGCAGUGUGAUGAAAAGUGUUAACGGUAGGACUCCGAACCAAGAAACGAGCAAUAAACGAAACGAUUCAAGUGAACCA